AGUGCGCAGAGAACAGAAGGUAAGAAUGGACUCAAAACAGCAAGUUAAUGCGAUUAGCUUCACGAAAAAGGUGACGAUGCAGUUUCUGGGCCGUCUGUUGGACACCGUGUCCUCGGUGUCAACCCUCUUCACGAACCCCUACCGGGUCCGGGAUGUCCCGCUGUCCGACUACGGAGGAGGAGGGAAGGUUCUUCUGAAGACGGAGGGACGCAUUGUGCUUUAUAAAAACACCCAGUGUCAAUCCUGGGACUGUCUGCUCAUGAUCCCCGAGACCCCCAACAUGACCCUGAGGCUGUUUCAGGUCGGCUCGGAGGAAGACGCCAUGAACUGGUUUCCGCAGUACGCCCUGAAGCUCCGCCCCUUCUAUGAGACACUUCCUCUGAAGGCGGAGUCAGCUCAGCCAAUCGUGGACUGCCUUCGCAGCCACCCCGACUGGAGCUCCGCCCACAUCGCCGUGGAGACGGGUCUGAGAGAGUGCCUCAAACACAACUACGUCCAGAGUCAGAUUAACUCCCGGGACGCCUCGGGUCAGACGCCUCUGCACCGGGCGUGCGUGCGCGGCGACACGGCGUGUGUGACGGAGCUGCUGGAGGAGAGCCAGGCUCGAACCGACAUCAAGGACCAGGACGGAGAGACGCCCAUGCACUGCGCCGCCAAGCAGGACACGCCCGCCAUCAUCAAGGUCAUGUGCUCUCGGAUGUGUUCGGGCGUGAACGAGCUGAAUCUCCACGGGGAGACGCCGCUGCACGUUUCCUGUCGCCUCGGCCGAGUCGAGUCCGUCAAAGCUCUGUUGGGGGGCGGAGCCAAGUGUGAUGUCAUCGGAGGGGUGGGGUACCCCAUCCACAGCGCCAUGAAGUACAGCGAGAAGGGCUGUGUGGAGGAGAUCCUGAAGGCCGACGCCGGGCAGCUGCAGGCUGAAGACUCUCUGUACGGAGGAACGCCGCUGCACUGGAGCAAAACUGCUGAGAUGUGCCGCCUGCUGCUGGAGCACGGCUGCGCGGUGAACUACCUCAGCAAGACCGGAGAGAGCGCGCUUCAUAUCCUCACCAGGAGGGGGCGCUUCGGGGCGGCCAUGGUGCUGCUCACCCCACCCCCCCCCCCAAACGGAGCCAACGCCAACCUGAAGGGCCAGCACGGAAACACGGCGCUGCACCUCGCCAGUGAAGGUAUGGAUCACAUGGAGCUGAUCAAAGCUCUGAUCGUGUUCGGGGCGGACGUGGAGAUCCACAACGACCUGGGAGAAACACCGGGACUCAUCGCUGCUCGCACCAGCAAAGGUCCUACUAGAAAGAUCCUGCUGGACAUGCUGUGUAGUGUAGGGGUUACGCGCUGCCACCCCCCCUCCCCCGGCAGCCCGCCCCCCCUCCUCGUCAAGACCAAAACACCUGGCAUAGGGUUUGAGGACGUCAUGUUAGCGGGGGCUGCUCUCAGUGCGCUGAGCAGAGGAUCCUCUGAAGGGGACGGGUCCAGAGAGCAGAACAGGAAGCUGGACCGGCUGCUGUGUCUGGACGGCGGCGGGAUCAAAGGUCUGGUUCUGAUCCAGAUGCUGAUCGCUCUGGAGAGGGAGGCGGGCCGGCCCACCAGAGAGCUCUUCGACUGGGUGGCAGGAACCAGCACCGGGGGCAUCCUGGCCCUCGCCAUCGUCCACGGUAAGUCGAUGGAGUACCUGCGCUGCCUGUACUUCAGGAUGAAGGAGCAGGUGUUUCGGGGCUCCCGGCCGUACGAGUCGGCUCCGCUGGAAGACUUCCUGAAGAAGGAGUUCGGAGAAAACACCAAGAUGGCAGACGUGCGAUACCCCAGGGUGAUGGUGACCAGUGUUUUAGCAGACAGACAUCCAGGAGAGCUGCACAUCUUCAGGAACUACGACCCCCCCUCCUCCCACAGAGACCCCCCCUACAAGACCACAGCCACCUUCAAACCCCUCACCGUCCCUCAAGGAUGGGAGGAUGAGGAUGUGUUGGUAGUGGGAUACACAGAGGAGCCCGCCAGAAAGCGUAGGAAGGUGACUGAUGAAGAGCAGCUGGUGUGGCGCGCCGCCCGAUCCAGUGGCGCCGCCCCCACGUAUUUCCGACCAAUGGGACGCUUCCUGGACGGCGGGCUCCUCGCCAACAACCCCACGCUGGACGCCAUGACGGAAAUCCAUCAGUACAACAAAGCUCUGAAAGCAGAGGGCCGUGCGCAGGAGAUCCAGAAGCUGGGGGUGGUGGUCUCCCUCGGUACAGGUAAACCCCCCCAGGUGGUCGUGAACUCGGUGGAUGUUUUCCGGCCCUCCAACCCUCUGGAGUUUGCAAAGAGCUUUGUGGGAGCCAAAGAGCUGGGCAAGAUGCUGGUGGACUGUUGCACUGACUCUGACGGAUGUGCGGUGGAUCGAGCCGGAUCCUGGUGUGAGAUGAUCGACACCAUCUACCACAGGUUGAGUCCUCAGCUGUCUCAGGAGGUGAUGCUGGACGAGGUGAGUGACUCUGUGCUGGUGGACAUGCUGUGGGACAAGAUGUAUCUGUACGAACAGAGGGACACCCUGCAGACUCUCGCCCGGCAACUGAAGGGACACAAGAAGUGAAUCCAAAAAUCCGGCGCAGGAGAAGACGGAAAACCUGGAGUCUGUGUUGCAGUGUUUCCGUCUCAACACAGAAGCUGAAGAACAGAGACGAUUAAAACUAUGUAGCAUCGUGUGACCUUAGCACUGACGUUCUCAUUAUGGAUUCUCAUGGUCUCAAUGUUAUGGUUUCAGAGUCCAAAGUAAUGUCUUUAAAUGUUUAGUUUUGUCCGUUUAAAUUCAAACUGGUUAUAUUAUGUUUCAGUCUCUCUGAUGUGAGUCGACGCUUUGCAGCAGCUCUGGAGACAUCCAAGAAUAAUGAAGAAAAUGCAAAGAACAAGUGUCCAGAAAGUAGACGUCUAAAAACAGUAUUAAAAGUAUCCAGAGCAUAUAGAAGAGUUCCUCAGAGUCCAUGGUGAUCAGAUCUCCAGAUGAGAGGCUGAGACAGAGAGGAGAAAUCACUCAAACUCAAUCUGUUAUCAAACGAUUGCAACCAUUUUCUGAGCCUCUGGGAAAUGUAGUUUUGCAAACAUUUGAGUAGAAGUAAGAUAUUUGGUCAUAAGAACAUUUGUAUUUAUUAUAACGUCUAAAUACUGCCUUUGCAAGAGAGACCGAUGAACUCCUGACUAACAAGUGAAGGAUUUGAAGGUGAGAGAAAUAUCUAAAAUCCCAUCCUGUCACAACUUUAGAGUGUAAAUUAAAAUAAAUAAUAAUUACAUUUAUUUAUAGAGGAUCUUUCAAAACAUAACAACAAAAAGGGGUUUAAAGGAAAUUCUAAAACAUAAGCAAUAUUAGUGAUCAUUUCUUGAGGUAAAUAACUUGUUAAAAGAAUAUGGCAUGAUUUGAUAAUGUAUGUUUAUGUGCUGCUCCUCCCACCGACUCCCUGAAGGCGGUGAUCACAUGCAUAUCACAUCUUCAUAUCACAUUGACAUGCUGUUAAGGUGCGUUUAUACACACACACACACACACACACACACACACGCACACACAGGCGCACGCACACACACACACACAGAC